CCCCCUCAUUUUCAUCUGUUCUCUUCAUCACUCCACUGGCUGGGUAGCAAGAUCAACCGAUAGAACGGUCCUAUCUUUACUUAACGAUCGUCUUCCCUAGACCCGAUUGCUCUGAUUGUACAGCAUCAUGGCUUCGGACUCGGAAACCAUCCGCAUCGGCUACGUCCCCGAGCACUACCUCACUCCACUCCACCUGGCCCUCCGCUCGCCGGCCCUGCAAUCGCUGCCCUUCAAGGUCUCCUUGAUUCCGUUCCCCUCCGGCACGGGACAUAUGAUCACCUCCCUUCGCGAGAAGGAGAUUGACAUCGGUAUUGGACUGACCGAGGGGUGGGUUGCCGGUCUAGCAGGGAAAGCGCAAGCCCAGAAGAAUGCUGCCUCGGGGGGUUACAGGAUGGUUGGACAAUGGGUUGAUACGCCCUUGCGAUGGGCCAUCGUGACGGGUCGCAAGAGAGAUGACAUCCAGACGGUGGCUGAUCUGAAGGAUAAGCGUGUUGGUAUAAGUCGACCGGGAAGUGGCUCUCAUAUCAUGUCCUUUGUCCUGGCCCAGAAGCAGGGCUGGCAACCCGACUCGUUGACUGCCGUGCCGCUGGGUCCGUUCGGGGCGUUGCGCAACGGAGUCACCGGCCAGGAUGACUCGCGUCCGGAGCAGAAGCCCGAGCCCACGGCGGAAUUCUUCAUGUGGGAGCAGUUCACCACGAAGCCUUAUUUCCACCCAACCGCGGAGAAGCCGGAGCCGCCGCUCAAGAAGUUCGACGAGAUUUACACCCCCUGGCCUUCCUGGAUGGUGGUCGCGUCGACGGCCGUCUUCCCUGACCCGGAACGCGAUUCCAAGCUGCAGCAGUUGUUUAAGCUUUUAGAUCAGGGCAUCCAGGACUUCGAGGCCGAUACGACGCAGGCAGUCAAGCUGCUCGGUACGGGAGAGCUCGGAUGCACGUACACCGAAGAGGAUGCGAAGGAAUGGUUGAAGGAUGUCAAGUUCGUGCAAGGUACUAAGGGCGUGGAUCGGAAGAUGGUAGAGAGCGUGGUAGAUGUCCUGAAGAUCGCCGGUGUUAUCGAUAGCAACAUGACUCAUGACGAGGCCGUUGAGAGAGUCAUUGGAAUCCACCGGUGAUCGCGGGAUUAAUGGUCGACGAAUGAAGACCGCACAGUAAACAGAACAUGUCGACUCGGCGACUAUAUCCGAUCAGAACUGCUUUUGCCAGGAUGCACAGACGUAGGAUGUCAGUAUACUCAAGGUUCUAGUGAGCCAAGCCAAAUGCCAUGUUCUUCAUCGCCAGGACGACAGUCGCAUUCCUCAUGGCGGGUCGGAGGACAUGCAAAGAUGGAUCGAGCUUCUGUAACCCUUGCAGCAUUGGGUUUUCCAAAAAUGGACGCACGAUAAUCCGAGUUACGAUUGCCUUCUGAACAGGCUCGGGUGUUUGCUCCUUGCAUGUCUUCGGGCCUUACGCUGCAGGCUACACAUGGGCUUCGAAUUAGACUCGCAUUGCAUGGGCAGCAACUUUACUGCCAAACUUUAGGUGUUCUUUGCUCAAACGCGCCUCGUCGAAAAAAACCAUUUAAUGACCUUUCCUCGGCACUUCGGAAAUCGGGUUUACAGGCAACAUCCCGGAAGACUGUUUUGGAGGUAAUAAUCCGCGGUAUCUCGGGCUUGUGGUGAACAAGAUG